AUGGCAAAAUUCUAUGCAUCCGGCAAAGAGCACUAUCAUUUUAUCAAGAGUCGGGUCUCCCAGAUCCAGUGGAAACUGCCUGUUGAGGAGUCUUCACUUGCGCCCCCAGGCGUUGCAUCGAACAAAGACCAAGAACCUAUACUCCCCGAGCUCCGCACAUGGACCAGUUGGGACUUUGCCACUUACUGGAUGUCGGAUCUGAUUAACAUCACGACCUGGCAGAUCGCAGCCUCAGCCAUGAUUGUGGGACUAAGCACUUCUGAUGCCGUGAUCAUAACCUUGCUUUCUGGUGUGUUGAAUAGUAUCCCGACCGUGAUGAGCGGCGCGCCGGGAACGGACUACCACAUCCCAUUCCCCAUCGCUGUCAGGUCGAGCUACGGAUACUAUCUCGGUUACUUUGUAGUCUUCACCCGUGGCGCUUUGGGCAUUAUAUGGUUUUCUGUGAAUUGCUGGAUCGGUUCGUUCGCAGUGACUGAGACUGUAGCCGCUCUAUGGCCAGAAUACCGGCUGAUUGAGAAUCAUCUUCCUACAUUCGCCGGUAUUACCAGCUUGCAGAUGAUGUCUUAUCUCUUGUUCUUCCUCAUUCAAGUACCAUUCUUUUGCAUUCCACUGCAUAAACUCAAAACGCUAUUCUUCUGGAAAGCAGUGUUACUCGUUCCCACUUCCGUGGGCACCGUCAUCUGGAUAUGCGCCCGCGCUGGUAAUGUGAAAGGUAUCUUUUCGCAGGAGGCUACCAUUCACGGGUCUGCACGAACGUGGAUUUGGCUGUCGACUUUGUGUGCCAAUACCAACUCUUGGCUCACGAUGACCAUCAAUAUGUCGGACUACUCUAGGCUGAGUAAAACCAGAUAUGCGCCGUUUUCGCAGAUCCUUACGAUCCCAAUCGUCAAAACUAUCUAUGCAAUCCUCGGCAUAGCCACGGUCGGCGCCGGCCGCGCCCUCUAUGCGCGCGAUAUCUGGAGCCCGGUCGAAUUGCUGUCUCUCUGGACCGGGUCUGGCGGCCGCUUCCUCGCCUUCUUGUGUGGCUGCCUCUGGAUCCUCUCGCAGGUCUCCUGUAAUAUAUCCGCCAACGCGAUACCCUUCGGUCACGACGCCAUGAAUAUUCUCCCGUCCUACAUCAACGUGCGGCGAGGUUCUUUCAUAUGCUUAAUCAUCGGAACGUGGUGUCUGGCGCCGUGGAAGCUAGUUAGCACCGCAGCGCAGUUCCUCCAGUUUAUGAACGGGUAUGGCAGCGUUAUCUGCUGCAUAGUCAGCAUCAUGAUCACGGACUACUGGUUCAUCAAACGGCGCAAGUUGGACGUUCCGGGCCUGUACGACCCCCACGGACGGUACCGUUACUCUGCGGGGUUCAACUGGCGUGCGGUCGUUGUCCAGAUUCUGUUCAUGGAAAUCACGCUCCCAGGAGUGAUCGGUCAGGUCUACACUUCAAUCUCACUACCAGAGGUGCUUCGUCGCAUUUAUGAUGUGAAUUGGUUUGUGUGCACAUUUCUGCCGGCCCUCUCAUACUGGGUCCUGUGCAUCAUAUGCCCGGCACCUGAGAACGUCAAUUACCAAGGGGAACUACGAGUCAUUGAGGCAGAAUCUCAGGAGAUAAACUUAGUAAACACCGGCAUAGUUACAAGCUUAGGUUUUAUCGAGGGGCAAGAGACAAAACUGAGAUAA